ACAGUCUGUGGUCUAUCGGAAAACACGCGUAUAAUUGGCGGCGCAGUGGCCGACCCUAAGGACUGGAUUUGGAUGGCCGCUCUCCUGUUGACGUCGGACACGAAGCCCUACUGCGGCGGUGCUGUCAUCACAAACCAGCACAUCCUGACGGCUGCCCACUGUCUCAGAGACCUGUCGCCGGACGACAUAAUCGUCCGAUUGGGUGCCUACGACUUCAGCCAAUCGGCGGACCCCGAGGCUCAGGACUUCUCUGUCGAGUACUUCAAGAUUCACUCCCAAUAUAAUAGACAUACAAAUGAAAACGAUUUGGCGAUCAUUAAGCUCAAGGAAAAGACGGCGUUCACGGACUCCGUUAAACCAAUUUGUUUGCCUCAGCGUAACCGCAAUUACGCGGGACAGUUGGCUAUAGUGACCGGUUGGGGUCACACGAGCUUUGGUGGGACAGGGAGUGCACAACUGAGACAGGUGUCGCUCCCCGUGUGGAACAAUACGGCCUGCGAUGCGGCCUAUAGUGUGGCCAUCAGUGACGAGAUGUUGUGCGCCGGCAAUAGGAAUGGGGGCCAGGAUUCGUGUCAGGGAGACUCCGGGGGACCCAUUAUGCUCCAGGGGCCCAACAAACGCUGGAUGAUCAUAGGGGUGGUCUCCUGGGGUAUUAAGUGCGGACAACCUAAUUAUCCCGGGGUUUAUACUCGCGUCAGUAAAUAUAUUGAUUGGAUUAAAGUCAACUCAAAAGACGUUUAUAAGAAA